AUGGUCUAUAAUGAGAUUGACCAACUUGUCACUCGCAAAGGUUUGAGUAACUUGAAAGUUAUCAAUUUAAGUCAUAACAACCUCAGCAAUGACAUAUUAUCAUCUUUGGGUGGUCUCUCUGCAUUAAAAUCUUUGUAUCUAGAAGAUAUUGAAUUGAAUGAAACUGUUGAUUUUAAAGGAUUAUGUUCCUUGAAAAACUUAGAGGAGUUGUGCAUGGACUUGAAUAAAAUUGACAAAUUUGUCAACUCCAAAGGUUUGAAACUUGGAGGUUACGAUUUGAGUUCUAACAACCUCAACAAUAGAUUUCUUUCUUUGGCUGAUCUCCCUUCAUUAAAAUCUUUGUAUCUGCGUGUGAAUUUGGGAGAGUGGUAUCUAAAUGCUUCUUUGUUUUCUCCCUUCCAACAGCUACAAUCUCUUAACUUAAGGGGCAACAAUAUAGCUGGUUGUAUUGAGAACGAAGGUUUUGAGAGGCUAUCAAGGUUAAGUAACUUGAAGGAAUUGAAUUUAAAUGUCAACAACUUCAACAAUAGCAUCUUAUCAUCUCUAGUUGGUCUCUCCUCAUUAAAGUAUUUGUAUCUAUAUGAAAAUAGAUUUAAAGGAGCUGUUAAUAUUGAAGGGUUACAUUCUUUGAAGAAGUUGGAUAUGAGCUCCAAUAAGAUUGAGUAUUUUGUUAGCCCCAAAGGUAAUAAGUAAUAAUAUUUGUGACAUGAUCACAAUUUACAGCUUAUUUGGAGUAAGUACAAGCUCUCAAUCACAACCACAUAGUUUUCUCCCAAACAAAAUAUCACAACCGUUAAAAACUGUCUCAGUAUUUAUAAAACCAGCAAAAGCCCCACUUAUUGUCUCGUGCCUGUCAGAUUCAGUUUUGAAAACCAAGUCAGCAGAAAAUGUUUCACUUUAAUUACCAGAACAACCACACAAUUAACUACUUUUUUAAUGGGUUAUGACUUAUGAACUAAACAAGGAAGGUUAUUUUAGGAAUGCAUGUAGAAUAGAAUAAUAAGCCAAAGUGCAAGCAUUAUGAGACAUUCACGCUCCUUUGAAGGGAGUGGACAACACACAUCACCAACUAAGAUUGCAAAGCCUUUUUAAAGGUUGAAAAUUCCCAUUUUCACCUUGUUAGAAGAUUUUUAAUGAAAUCAAAUU